CCAAUGCUCACUGGGCUCAACUCGGAGCUCAUGCUUGUGUUUUUGUUAUUGUUCUCUGGCCGUGGAAUAGUAGACACAAGAAACGUUCAAUGUGUUACGAGAUCGUUGCGAUGUUUGCCUAAUCGAAAAGGCAUCGACAUUUAAACAUAUAUAUUUUGCCUAAUUUGACGGAAACUCCGCAGAAAAGUCUAGUGGGGGUGCAGAGGAUAUCAACUUAAUUUGUUGUCAUGGAAACCGCCUGGAAAGUGGAGUUCCGGAAUGUCGGCAGCGGCUACUUCCCAGAGAGCCGGAUUGAAUGCCAUUACACCAUCAGUUCCCAGCACAUCUGGGCCAGCAAUGACUGGAUUGGACUCUUUAAGGUGGGCUGGGCCUCUGUGAAGGACUACCAUACCUUUGUCUGGGCAUUGGCGCCAGCUGGCUACAAGGAAGGGAGUGAUGUCAACUGUUGUGUGCACUUCCAAGCCUCCUACCUGCCCAAACCAAAUGACCAUGCCUACCAGUUUGUGUACGUGGACAGUAAAGGGGAGGUGGGCUCCCGAAGCACCCCGUUCACCUUCGGCGCCCCCAAGCCUCUGGAGGACCUGGUGACGCUGGAGGAGGGGGGCCAGGAGGAUGGGGCUGGGGAGGACAUGCUGAUGGUCAUCCCCAGAGCUGAGCUCCUGCAGAGUCGUCUUCAGGAGUGCCUGAAGGAGCGCGGCGAGCUGCUGCAGGCCCUGGAAGCCGCGGACAGGAUCAGAGAGAGGGAGAAGGAUAGGAGCGGAAGGGUGAAAGAGUCAUGGGAGCGCGUUCGUCGCCAACUCGAGAGGGACCUCGCCGACCUGAAGGAAGAGCUGGGGCAGAGCCAGGAGGAGGUGGAGGAGAUGAAGAGGAAACAGGAGGAAGUGCUGGCCUCUGAAGAAGCCCUGGCUGAGGAAAAGAGUGCUCUGCUGAGCAAGAGGGCAGCCAGUGAGCAGCGCAUCAGAGAGCUGGAGGACGACAUCAAAGCACUCUCACAGAGAGCCCUGGAGCGGGAGACGGAGAUGGAGAGGAUGAAGGAAAAGGCCAAAAAGGUGGCAGCCCAGAGGAAGGAAGAAGAGAAUGAACAGAAGAGCCUGCAGGUCAAGCUGGAGCAGACGGAGGCCGAGCUGCGGAGUCUGUCUGCAGAGUUUCAGGGUCUGCGCAGCUCGCUGGCCCAGAGGGACACGCACGCCCUGCAGCUGAGAGACACCAUCUGCACCCUCACACACAAGCUCAACACUGCUCACAGGAAAGAGGCGGAGAGUGAGGCGGCCCUCGGUGAGCUGCGGAGCCUGCAGGAGCGGCUGCGGGCCAGCGAGCGCGCUGCCGAGGACCUGCGCGGGGAGCUGAGCGCGCUGGCCGUCAAGCGGGACCAGAACCAGGCCGAGCUGCACCAGGCCCGUCUGCAGGCCGCCCAGCUCACCCUGCAGCUGGCCGACUCCAGCCUGGCGCUCCGCGAGGGCCGCGCCUGCUGGGCCCAGGAGAGGGAGAGUCUGCAGCGCACGGCAGAGAUGGACCGAACCCGCAUGGAGAAGCUGCUGGAGCAGGUGCAGCGUCGGGAGGAGAUGCUCCAGGAGGAGAGGAUGGAGCGCGAGAAGGUGGAGGUGGAGCUGGGCCGAGAGAAGGACUGUAACCGGGUGCAGCUGAGCGAGACCAGGCGAGAGCUGCAAGAGCUGAAGGCCAGUCUGCGGGUGGCUCAAAAGGAGAAGGAGCAGCUGCAGAUGGAGAAACAGGAUGUGUUGGACUAUGCUCGUCAGCUGGAACAGCGGCUGCAGGCGGCGUCUGACUACAACUGGGGUGAGAUGGCCUUGCUCCACAGCAGCAUCCGCCCGGAAAGCCCCAUGUCGGACUCGGAGGAUGAGAAGCCGGAAGCUCUGCAGCCAGUUCGUAGCUCCAGGCCUCUGGCCCCCUACGGCCUGUGUGAGCAGCCCCAGCCGGAGCCCCUGCUGCCCGCCACCCCUCCCCCCUCCCCCAGGACCCUCUCCAGAGAGGUGGCCGUGGUGAUCAGCCAGCCGGCACCCCUCUCCUCCCCACGCCCACCGGCCAGCGACACACUCGCACACAGCUCUGAGUCGGAGGAAGACUGCGAAGCUCCGCAGUCAGGAGGCAACAGCUCUGGAGAGGAGACUGCCCUGCUGCUCUUCGACCACAUUGAUCCUGCUCUCAGUGACUUGACGGAUGCCACCAUGUGGUGAAGUGCUUGAGACCCGUCUUCAGGGGACGAGGCAGUACCCCCAGGGUUCAUUACGUUACGCUUUCUUCACUCGGCUCGCCUGUUACAACACACACUGUCAAUUCAGCUACAAGUCAUAAAAUAUGCAAUUUGAUUUCCGAUGCUAUAUGCACUUCCAUUAUGCAAUGGCCACCAAACCUCUGACGCAGCGCCGUAGGUUAACAUACUAGAGUGAAGCACGAUUCAGCAACAACACAUAUCCAUAGCAUUCUUGGCCUCUCCUAGAUAAGGAAAGGACAUUUUUAGAAAGAACUGACUACAAAACUUUUAUAUUUCUCACUUUAAGAGUGGUAUCUUACAUGUGUGUGUGUGUGUGUGGGGUGGGGGUGGGGUUGUGUGUAUCUGUGUGUGAGUGCCCAGUUUUAAUUGAACGGCUUAGUAAUUUCUGCCGCCAGAGUAGUUUGUCAUUUUGUGUCGUUUAAAAAGAAAAAUACAGCUUUAUAUUAUCUAUCUGCAAUAAGUUGAAGUACAGGGUUCUAGGGUUGUCUCCUUGCGUUUGAAACCCAAGACUCUGUUGUCCUCCCGCUGCUGGUGUGGACAGGAAGUGGACAAGGGAAGUCGGCACAGACAGAGAUGAAGUCGGAUGCAGUUAAAUGUGGAGAGAAGGGAAGCAAGAACUGACACUAGAACAGAGCUUGUUUUGAGGCACAGGUAGGGGAGAUGCACUUUAAGCUCCUGAAGUCAUUUUAAACGUUUUUUUUCUCUUUUCUUUCGCCCCUGUAUCUAUUUGUGCCCUAAACGGGUUUGUGGCCGUAGACUGUAGUGAUGUUUAGGGGAGGUCAUGUAGACUAACUGUUCCCACGACACGCUGAAGUAACAUUAUGAGCAAUGUACUGUAAGAUACAGUAUCGUAAGGUAUAUCUUGAAUGCGUUUCACCAUAUGUCGGAAACCCAAAUCAUGGAUGCUAACUGAUAAUCUUAAAUGCAUUUAAAAAUGUUGAGAGAAAAAGGUGAAAAUGGGCCUGGAAAAGUGUCAUAUGCCAGUGGUCUAGAUUUGAGGUGGAUUUUUAACAAACAUCUUUCCACAGUAGAGUUCUUUUAAAUGUGUGCCUAAAAAAUAUUUUAAGGAAUUUCAUGUCUUUUUUUUUUUUCAUUUGAGGACACUAAGUUUUGUGUGGUUUGGUUGUCACGGUCUACCUUUUGGGUUGCACAGAGGGACAUAGCUUUUUUUUCAGCAACUGUUCAUUUAUUUAAGCUAUCCAUUAAUCAUUUUUAUUAACUGUUACGUUUUAAGGUAGUUUGGCAAAAACUCUUCACAUAACCAUAUAUAACUUGCUGUGUGUAUCAUGGACACAGGCAUGGGAAAAGUUGGUGUCAAAAUUUUGGUCUCUCUAUGUGGUUUGUGUUUGGGAAGCCUGUUAGUCUUCAGUAUGCCAGAGGCCCUUCAGUUUUGCCUAGAUGAUUUGAUAUUUGCUGAACUUUGCACCGGUUCUACAGCUAGAGAACAUUUUUAAUGGCUUAUGAGAUACCAGAUAUGGCUUUGCAUUUUAUAGAACUUGCUCUAUUAUUGUUGAUCAAUGACUUUUAUCUAAGAUUCAGCUCUUUUACUUUAGUUAAUAUAACUUGCUUGAUUUACUUUUAUUACUGUAUUAAGGGUAUAGCCCGACUUAGCAAUUUUGCUUUUUACAUGUUUGCUUCCCUAGUGAAAAGUGUUUUGAUUACUCAGUUGGUAUACGAAACCAUUGGUGCUGUCACGAUCAAUCAUAAACAUAGCAAAGCCAAUACAUUUCAAGAAAGGCUUUCCAUAUAUUAGUGUCUGUAACAGUUAAUCCCAGCUUCAAAAAACGGUAAAAUCAGUAUCACUCUAUUAUCCUAGUCUUUGACUAGGUUUUGGCAAUACCAUUAGAGUUGGACUCAAUUUCCACUUACUCCCGUCUUUCAGUAAUUCAGUCAUAAUAGACAAAAGUCAUGAAUCUAGUAUGAAUUGGCUUCUGUGAAGUGUCUCUGGGUGACAUCAUUCUCCAACUCGUGACAGGGAGUAGCUGUAAUUUCAUUUCGCUUCAUUUCCAAUGAAGCUCCAUUCAUGUCAUGUUGAGUGGAAAGAACGUGUAUCUUUUUUUUUUGGUUCCAGAUAACAGCUUUUAUCAUGUAUGGCUUCGGCACAAAGACAUUUGUCCUGUACUUCUAAGAGUCACUGUACUGCGAAACUUCAAAGUACUGUACUCCAGUGAGGGCAAUCUUUGUCCACGGCAAUGAAGCCCUGUCUUUUGUUUUUUUCUGUUUUUUGUGUCUGUGUGUUAUUUUACUCUUAAUUAUGGUGGUGUUUAUCCAAUAUUCUCCUAUCUAAAAUGUAUUUUCUAGACUCUUCAAUACUGUAAAGGGUGUGGGUGGGUUUCAGUAAUAAAAUAAAUAUUAUGUGUC